AUGAAGGCAUACCGGAUCGGCCGGAAGCCAAUGGGUCCCUGGACCAACCGCACACCACCAAUCAGAGGAGGUCUGUCCCAGACAGGAACCCAAUCAGAAAACGUGCCGGACAUAUCGGACAUUCAAGUAUUAGAUCAAGACAAGGACUUCCUGGAUGAGGGCUACGGCAGUGGUGUUAGCAGAGUUGCUUCACGCGACCAGUCCCACCGAUCAAGUCCCUCUCCUGAUGCAACUGGGAGCCAGGCAACCUUGGAACAACGGACCGUCCCACGCGCCAAGGCCAGCUAUAUGCGGGAUGGCAUCGUCAAAGGCAAUAAAACCGUCAACGGUAACAAGGUUGCUGAGGCUCAGGUUGCCUUGAACCCCGAGGAAUGGACCGAAUGGGCCAUACAACAGGGCAAGUUGAAUGACAGCAGGGAUUUUCCUUCUCUGGACUCGGACGUCCAAGGAGCUAUUGCUGCCAAGUAUAGACUCUUACACCGUCGUAUCCAAGAUGAGGGCCUCUACAGUUGUCCAUACAUUGAGUAUGGCAAGGAGAUGGCCCGCUACACAACCUUGUUUGGCCUCUUCCUUUACGCCCUCCGUCAUGGCUGGUACAUGACUUCUGCCGUUUUCCUCGGCCUCUUCUGGCACCAAAUUAUGUUUACUGCUCACGAUGCUGGUCACCGAGCUAUUACGACUAUAUUUUCUGUUGACACGCUUAUUGGAUUGUUUAUCGCCGAUUUCUGCUGUGGCCUAUCCAUGGGCUGGUGGAAGAGCAGCCAUAACGUUCAUCAUCUAAUCACAAACAUGCCGGAACAUGAUCCUGAUAUUCAGAACCUCCCCCUUUUCGCCACAUGUCCAUCAUUUUUCAAAUCCCUUCGCUCAAGCUACUAUGACUUUACCUUUGUGUGGGACGCCGCCGCGGAAUUCCUUAUUCCCUACCAGAAGUACACAUACUACCCAGUCAUGGGUAUCGCCCGAUUCAACCUCUACCUUCUCUCAUGGCUCCACGUCCUCUCUUCCAAAUCAUCCUCUCUCGGAAGCAGCAAGGCCUGGUGGAUUCGUCCUACCGAGAUUACCUUCAUGAUGUGCUACUGGUUCCUCUUUGGCUACCUCCUCCUUUGGCGCACACUUCCUACCUGGACCAUCCGCGUGGCAUUUGUUCUCAUCUCCCACAUGGUCACCAUGCCUCUACAUGUCCAGAUAACUCUUUCGCACUGGGGAAUGUCCACCUCGGACCUGGGAGAGGAUGAAUCCUUCCCCCAGCGGCAACUGCGGACCACUCUCGAUGUUGACUGUCCCGCCUGGCUGGACUUUAUCCACGGUGGUUUGCAGUUCCAGGCCAUCCAUCACCUAUUCCCUCGGGUUCCUCGCCACAACCUUCGAAAGGUUCAAGUCAUGGUCAGGGAAUUUUGUGCAGACACCAAUAUCCCCUAUUCGAUUUUGGGAUUCAUGGAUGGAAACCGCAAGGUCAUUGGUCGAUUGGAGGAGGUUAGCGAGCAAGUCAAAAUGCUAGUCAAUUGUCAGAAGUACAUGGCGGAAACCGGAGAGAGUGGAUUACAUUAA